AUGGUUGACUGCAGAUUUGAUGGUGCUGAGCAGGCUCGUCUGAUUGAAGGCUUGCGGCCAGGGGGCAUCUGUGGGGGCCGCAGAGAGAGAGAAACCUCUGUCCACGGGUGCGACUGUCCUCAUCCCUGUGACUGUGAAUGGACUGCGCUCCAUCCGUGAUUUUCUGCAGUCGCUCUGAGUCAUUUGUGGAAGAAGAUGGCGGACAGGGCUGAGAUGUUUUCCCUAUCUACUUUUCAUUCCCUCUCUCCCCCUGGCUGCAGGCCAGCCCACGACAUCAGCCUGGAGGAGUUUGAUGAUGAAGAUCUCUCUGAAAUCACAGACGACUGUGGGAUUGGACUCAACUAUGACUCUGAUCCAUAUGAGAAGGACUCCCUCAUUCUGGAGAAGAGUGACAUGCACCAUCCAGUCUGCUCCUUCCAGGAUGAUUUCCAAGAGUUUGAGAUGAUUGAUGAUGAAGAUGAGGAGGAGGAGGAGGAGGAAGAUGAAGAAGAUGAAGAGAUUGACCCAGAUGCACCUCCAUCCCCCUAUGCCUCACCACCACUCUCCCCUACCCUCGGCACUCUAAAGAGUAGACCCACCACACUGAACCUCACAACUGCUGUGUCGCAGGAUUCCCUGAAUAACAACAGCAGUCUGUCCCCGAAGAAAGGAAGUUGGCAGGAUUCGUUACGCAAUCCAGCCUCACAGGGCCGUUUGUCUCCAACCCACUCAUGUCUGGAGGAUGGCAGACAUGUGACAGGCCAGUGCCCGGCCUCUCCAGUUUCCCAGGCACCAGGGUCUCAGAGCAAAGGUACUCCACCAAAACAGACAGGGGAGGGCGGGAACCCACAGUCCCCCCACAGGCCCCUACUUUGCGACAUGGAGGGCAACAGGCGGGAGAGGCCCGAAUACGGCUCAUUUGGUCAACACAAGUCCCACCCUUGCUCCGGCAAUGUCACAGAUACAAAAGCAGAUCCUUCAAUCCAGACAACAAGGGUACCUUCUGUAGACGAGCACUCCCAGUGCUCAGACACAGAGGUGGACCACGACCUCAACAGUGACCACAACCACAAACACUCGAACCGACUUGCCACCGACACCUACACAAUCACAAGCGAGUCAGGUAUGGAGCCAGAGAAUGACCUCGACCCAGAUGGAACCAGUCGCUGCCUGUCAUCUACUGCACCCAUGGGAGGCAACGAUGGUGCAGAUACACCCUUGUCUGAUGAGGAGCUGGAGAAGGACUUUGAAGUAGAGUUCAUGUGUAAGGAGACCUACGAUAUGGUGUGUAAGGAGAAUCAGUCGUCAUAUGUGGAAUUCCCCUGCAUUGAACCCUCUGAGCUCGCCUCCUUCUCCAGCUAUGUGUCCUCCAGCCGUUCAGAUGCUCUUGACCGGACCAGCAGUUCAAAUGCUCCACCUUCUACUAUGGAGGCAGCAGUUAACGACUCCACCUCUCCUUCCUCAGACCCAGGGAUAGCAGAUAUGAACCAGCAGGGUUACUUGACCUCAGACCAGGACAAAGACCUCAGCUCUCCAGGCUCCGACUCUGACAUUGAAGGGGAGCUUGAGGCCGCAUUUGCCUGCGGAGGUCCUGUGGUCUCCAACAUGAUCUCAUCUAUCUCAGAAACAGAGCUGGACCUGACCAGUGAUGACAGUAGCAGUGGACGCUCAUCUCACCUCACAAACUCCAUUGAGGAGGCCAGCUCACCUACAUCAGACCAGGAACUGGACCCAGAUACAGAGUUAGAACAGGACAGUGGCAUCGUGGGACUGAAAGCCUCUCUACUUCUGGGCCAGCCUGACCCAAUCAAAGAAGUGUCUCCUCUACCUUCUCCUUCACCUCUACCCUCACCCACUAUUGCUACACCAUCCCCUGUUGAUUCACCAAUCUUACCUCCUGAAGCCUAUGAUGAUGGUCAAGCUCUGAUGGGGCUGCAGAAUGUAGAUGACGAGCUGUCCUGCGAGCACCAGGCUGACCCAGAUGAGACUCUGCCUCCAGCCCAACUCUGUGAAGACAGCCUGUCCAGACAGAUGGUGCUGCAGAUAGAACCAGACCACAGUCUAGAGAGCUUCAAACGCUCCUUUUACCUGCCAGUGGGACCCAGGCUAAUGCCCAAUGCAGACGAAUAUGAGGGAACCAGUGAGGGAGACUCAGAAUCAGAAAGUGAAGAUGAACUGAGCGAGAACUCAGAUUCACCCUGGCUGCUCAGCAACCUGGUCAACAGGAUGAUCUCAGAGGGCUCAUAUCCAAUCAGUUGUCCUGAGGAGUGCUUCAAGAGGAAGGUGUCUGUGUCAGACACCAUCUCACCAUCCUCAGACAUUGGAGAGGGAGAUGGUUUCAAUGAUGAGGACCAAGAGAAGAAAGUACAGAUGGUGGGAUCAGAGGAUGGAGAAAAGGAAGGUGAGGGCUACAGAAAGGAGCCAGGUGGGAGGAGGAGUAUGGAGUCUUCAAAAGAAGGAGGAGUGAUAAGUCCCUGUCUCUACAUGAACAACCCUACCGGUGACACCAUAGCUCCUCUGAUUUUGGAGCGCUGUGCGAACAAUGGGAGGGGAACCACAGAUUUCAACUCUCUAUAUACCACUAGAGACUCAGAGAAGAACUUCACAGACAAACCAUCUAAGAAUACCAGGAGACAGGAGGAAGACGAAGAGCCAAAUAAUGACUUGAUGAUGCUCGAGGGAAGGAAGGAUCUUGAAUCGCCAAGCCUCAGUGAGAGUGUGGUCAGCGAUAAGGAUGAAGGACGAGAGACUGAGCCCAGGCCAACAAGCCGUUCCUCAGCCUCUCUUGAGCGUAUCACAGAGGUUAAACAUAGCCUGACACUGGACAUACCCACUGCCCAGACAAACCGCUGCUUCAGCCUCACCUACUCCACUGAUAAUGACGAAGAGGAGGAUGACGGGGACUCUUACCCAUACCUGGGUGGCUUGAGGAAGGACUCCUACAGGGGUAGCGAUUUAGAGCUUGACAGUUCACCACCCAUUGAUCCCAGUGUUCAAGACCAUCCCUUAUCUGACCAUGACCUCCCACUGUGUGAGAAAGAUCUGGCUCUGAGGCAACCAAAUGAAGAUGAUGGUCUGGCCUAUGACUCGAUGAAGUACACGCUAGUGGUGGACGAGAAUACUACGUUGGAACUAGUUAGCCUCAGAAGGUGCACCUCUGUUCUGAGUGAUGACAGUGAGCUCUCCACGCUAUGUGAUGAGGAGCCUUUGGGGACAGGAGAGGUUGGCUAUGGUCGUGAUGAGGAGGAGGUGAGGCCAGAACUUCUCAGUUCUUCUGAGGACUCCUCACCUGAGGCUGACCUCCCAUUUUCCAAGAAGUUCCUCAAUGUGUUCGUCAACAGCACCUCCCGCUCCUCCAGCACAGAAUCCUUUGGACUUUUCUCCUGCACCAUCAACGGAGAGGAGAGGGACCAGACACAUAGGGCUGUCUACAGGUUCAUUCCCAGACAUGCAGAUGAGCUGGAGCUAGAUGUGGAUGAUCCUUUAUAUGUGGAGGAAGAAGAGGAUGAUUACUGGUACAGAGGCUAUAACAUGCGGACAGGGGAGAGGGGCAUUUUUCCUGCCUUCUAUGCCCAUGAGGUCAUUGGCCAGUCAAAGGAGUUGUUGGGAAUGAAAAGAAAUCCAGCAUGGAUUGAGACCUUCAGCGUUCAAUUUCUGGGGUCUGUUGAGGUACCUUAUCACCAAGGCAACGGCAUUCUCUGCGCUGCCAUGCAGAAAAUUGCGAUAUCGAGGAAACGGACGGUACAUGUGCGACCUCCUUCUCUGUGUGAGUUGGAGAUUAGUUUGCAAGGAGUGAAACUGAUCAUGAGCCUGGAGGAUGAAUAUGACACCCUUGAUGAGUAUGACAGAUGUAGUCACUUCUUCCAGAUGAAGAACAUCUCGUUCUGUGGAUGCCAUCCGAGGAACAACUGCUACUUUGGCUUCAUCACGAAGCACCCAAUGCUGAACAGAUUUGCUUGUCACGUGUUUGUAUCCCAGGAGUCCAUGCGACCUGUAGCAGAGUGUGUCGGACGGGCCUUCCAGGAGUACUACCAAGAACAUCUGGAGUACGCCUGCCCCACCGAGGACAUCUACCUGGAGUAAGAAGUGUUGCCAUGACGACCACCUUCUUGCUCUACAGCUUGUGUAUGUUCAUCGAGUUUGCCACCAGAGGGCGCUGUCAGUGGGGUCUUCUCUCCAUUGUAAAAUACUCUUCUGUGUCCCUCUAAAACUGGCAUCUUCAUUUCUACAGUAUGCUAGGCAUUUGACUGAUUUCAUUCAUGUCUCUCUCUUUGUUUAUUUUCAUCAUCUCGAUGGAUUGAUUGCCUGUUUCUUUUAUCUUUUUCUAUGAUAUAAAACUAAGACGCUGAGCACCUGUUUAUUUAAAGGUUCCUCUUUUGAAAUGAAAACAAUAUACCUACUACUGCUAUUUCACUUUUCAAUGCAUGGCUAGUAGGGUUACUGCACAGAGACACACCAAGAAAUACACAUAUCCAAGUGAAUGGCAAGCAGCAACAAUCAGUAAGGGAAUGGUGUAGAAUCACGAGGUUGGCGUUUAAUUAACUGUAAAUAUGUAUUUGUUCAAUAUUGACAAACUGCUAAUUUGAUUUCUACUGAUUGUGACAUUGGAGCAAAGUAGAGAGAGUACAGUGAAAUGUCCUUGGUCUGAGCUUACCCCUGUGUCGCGUACAAGACGUAGUGUGUGUUGUAAAUAAAUGUAUAGAAAGUAGACAUACAGGCGCCUCAUCCGCACUAAUUACACUCACAGUUGAGAUUGGUGGAGGGGGUUUUGUUGUGGGUAUUACUGACUCACUCACUGACAGAAGUAACUGCAGGUAUAAAGUAUUUGGGAGCUGUAAUGACCUGGAAUGAACUUUGAAUGGCAUUAGCCCUGCGGAUGUUUUAUUCAGCUUGGAUUAAGUGCAGUAACUGUCAGCACAUUUGGAUGAAAACGACAGCACCAUUUUACUUUUGUCCAGUCCUCAAAGUUGCACUGCUUGCUGACCUUCACCGUGGGGAGCUUUCAUAGGAAAUCAUUCAACUGUUAAAACUGCAAAUCAUAGAUGACUGUCUGCUUUGCUAUGAUUAAUGUGACUUUCAGGACAAAGAAAGCAAAGGCCCUCCGAAAAGCCAUAUUCUCAUACCUAUGACUGUUUAACUCUGGUUUUUAGUGACGUCCUAGUCUCUGUUUUCUUUUGACUUGGUAGUUUCAACGAGGGAAAAGGAAUGACUAGAUUGAUUGGUAGCCACGCAUCAGUAAUGCUAUUGUGCCUACUGUCUAGUGAGAGCAUCCUGCUAAUAUUUGGUCCUGGUAUCACAAUGUAAUCAAACCUUUAAUAAAGCAUUACAAGGGAGGUUUUAUAGUUAUGUAAAUGGUUAGACUUGUUUUUUAAAGUAUGAUGGAUAAAAGGGAUAGCCACAUGUUCCCACAUUUAUUUAUUGCUUUUAGUCUGGUCAAAGGUUAAAGCAGGUCAUUCGCACAUUAACCUACUCUGGGGUUGUUGCAGCAUAUCAUAGCUUACAGUCUAGCACCUUAUAUAGGCGAGGGGGAACUCUUAAAAAAUGAUGUGGUCACUACAGCCAUUCAAAACUUCAGGCUUUGAGAUUUACCACGGCCAACCAUCCCCAUUGCUCUUUCAGACACUGUUUAGCACCGUGUUCUGCUGCUUUCAGUCACAGUCCACCAGAACAAACACUUCAGAUCUGCAGGAUUUCAGUGUUCACUGAAAGUUGAUGUGGCAGGAGGGAGGGAGGGUGUUACCUACAUAUGUAUCGCUGUCAGUUAGAUCAUGUAUAUACAAUAGCGAAUCUAAGAUAGUGCUGUGUCCUUUAUGUUGAGUAUGUUAUGAAACGAAAUGAAUAUGUACAUUAAAUAAAAAGAAAUUUAAAAAAAAGAUCACGACCUGACAAAAACCCCUGAAAGAAAAAGAAAAAACACGUAAAUAUCUGUGAUCUGCAAUAAUUUUAUUUCAGUGUCUUUUGUUUCUACACAAGAUGUUAACUCUGUCACACAGGUGGCAUUUGGGUUCCUGCCAACUCCAUAACUCUCUUCAGACAGGCUUCAGCAGCACAUUUAGGGCACAUUUGUAAGAUGUGACAUCAUUAGUGUGUGACACACCCACCAGACUACUGACCAAUCAGCUGUUAGAACUGAAUAGUGACUGAGUCAGCCGCCACUGGAAAACUAUUAUUGCGUCUUGCCGAUUAUAGUCAUCGCCUUUGAGCUCAAACAGUGUGACCCAUCUCUGAUCUGUAUCUAUUUGCUUCUGAUUAUGUUUUUCUAUCUUGUUACAGCCUAGUUAAAAAUCCUUCUGUCCACACAGCUACACAAAAACAACCUCUGAGGAUGAUCUAGUCCCAUAUAGCCGCUGAGACAUACAUUAACAGUUAAACCAAACUUUUGACUUUAUUACAUUAACAAGAUUCUUCACUGUAUACCUAGAGCAAACCAGUAUGUGACAGAACAAACAUAUCCUAUCUUGUAUCUUUAAAAACAAGGACUUGUAAAAUUCCAGGGAAAAACUGAAAAAAAAAA